UCAUCGACUUACCUUUCCCUUUAGUUUCUUUCGUCUAAGCGGUUAACAUGGGAACGACUUUCAAUGUGGUUGUGCUGUCGUUGUUCAUCUCCUCCCUUUUAUUUUCCGUCGUAACUGCAUCUAGUGAUGGGUUGGUUAGAAUUGGGCUGGAAAAGCUGAAAUUCGAUCCGAACAACCGGCUGGCUUCCCGGCUUGAAUCCAAGGAUCGAGAGGCUCUCAUAGCAUCUAUGAAAAAGCAUCGCUUCCGUAACUAUCUUGGAGACUCGGAGGAUGUGGAUAUUGUUGCCUUGAAGAACUACAUGGAUGCUCAGUACUAUGGUGAGAUUGGUGUAGGAACUCCACCACAAAAAUUCACUGUUAUAUUUGAUACUGGCAGUUCAAAUUUGUGGGUGCCAUCAUCUAAGUUCUCGAUUACAUGUUAUCUCCAUUCCAAGUACAAGGCAAGUGAGUCAAAAACAUAUAAGAAGAAUGGGAAAUCUGCUGCUAUUCACUAUGGCACUGGUGCUAUUUCUGGUUUAUUUAGUUAUGACAAUGUUCAAGUUGGUGACUUGGUUGUGAAAGAUAAAGAAUUUAUUGAGGCUACUAAGGAGCCAGGUCUUACGUUUUUGGUGGCCAAAUUUGAUGGGAUAUUAGGACUUGGGUUUAAGGAGAUUUCAGUUGGGAAAGCUGUCCCAGUGUGGUACAACAUGAUCAAGCAAGGUCUUAUCAAGGACCCUGUAUUUUCAUUUUGGCUUAACCGCAAUGUUGAGGAAAAAGAGAGUGGUGAAAUUGUUUUCGGAGGGGUUGAUCCAGACCAUUACAGGGGGAAGCACACAUAUGUCCCUGUUACACAAAAAGGCUACUGGCAGUUUGACAUGGGUGAUGUUCUUAUUGGUGACAAACCAACUGGAUAUUGUACUGGAGGCUGUGCGGCAAUUGCAGAUUCUGGAACUUCUUUGCUUGCAGGUCCAACGGUAAGCCAUAAUAAUGAUGUCUCAAUGUGUAUGUCAGAAAAUUUGGUUAUGCGAUAG